AUGCCUCCUCGUAGGAAUCCAAGACGUAACAAUGAAACGGAAGCACCGACGCCACCUCUACCACCACCCCCUCAAUUCGAUGCUGCCAUGUUCCAAGCGGCAGUCACGACAGCUUUAGCGGCUGCCUUAUCUCAUAUCAAUACUCCUGGUGCUAGUGGGUCGGGAGCUGGUCCACGUCCUUCUAACCUUGUCGAGGGUCAUGAGCACUCGAGAGAGUGCACUUUUAAGGACUUCUCGAAUGCCAAACCCAGGACCUUUAAUGGAACUGGAGGAGUGAUGGUUUUAAGGCAGUGGGUUGAGAAGAUAGAAGCAGUCUUUGAAAUAUGCUCCUUUACUUUCUUUGACACGGCCUUAACAUGGUGGAAUGGCCAUGUUAAGUCACUAACUUUGAUAGUGGCUAAUACUAUAAGCUGGGAGAACCUAAAAACCAUGUUGAUGCGGGAAUACUGCCCGCGAGGGGAAAUUCAGAAACUGGAACAAGAAAUCUGGGGUCUUACCAUGGCCGGUGUAGACAUAACAACUUACACGAAUAGGUUCUGUGACUUGGCGAUUCUGUGUCCGGAGAUGAUUGCUCCGGAGAGCAAAAAGAUUGAAAGGUAUAUUUGGGGAUUGUCACCCCAGAUACAAGCAAGUGUCAUUGCAUCUAAACCUGUCACUUUUGACAAUGCCAAGGAAAUGGCACAGUCACUUAUUGACCACGGAAACUGUCAAAACUCUGUGUGUCGUAACUGCAACAGGAAAGGGCAUACUGCCCGAUUCUGUCGAACACCGCCUCAACCCCUUAACCAAGUACCUGUCGCUGGAGUAAAUCGAGCAUGCUACCAAUGCGGUGAUGUGGGGCAUUUCAAGAGAGAUUGUCCAAAAGCUGGAAAUGUCGGUAGGGUUGGGAGAAUUCUAGCACUAGGUCACGAAGAAGCGGUGGCAGACCCUGCAGUGGUCAUGGGUACGUUCUUUCUCAACAAUACUUAUGCAUGCAUUCUUUUUGAUUGUGGUGCCGAGAGGAGCUUCGUGAGCCAUAACUUUAAACAUCUACUAAAUCAGAACUCCCAACCACUAAAUAAAACUUUCACAGUGGAAAUGGCUAAUGGGAAAUCAGAACUCCCAACCACUAAAUAA